AUGGCUACCUCAGGCAACACAACUCCUUUAACCGGUGAAGUCAUCAUGACCUCUACCACACCUCUCUUCAAUGUCAAUACAUCCAAUGUUACCAAACACAAUGACACCAAUUACUUGAUGUGGAGCCUCCAGAUCCAUGCUUUGAUUAACGGCUAUGAACUCGCCGGCUAUCUUGACGGAUCUCACCCUGCUCCGUCUCCCACUGUUACGACUGAUGCUGUCACCGUCCCAAAUCUAGCAUUUGCUUUCUGGAAACGCCAAGAUCGUCUCCUCUACAGCGCCUUGCUUGGCGCUAUCUCUGCUCAUGUCCAACCAUUGGUGUCUCGCGCCUCCACUGCUGCUGAGGUCUGGGAAACUCUCACGUCCAUCUUCCCCAAACCAAGUCGUGGCCAUGUUCAAGGUAUCAAAAAUCAAAUCAAGGCAUGGACCAAAGGUAAUAUGACUAUUGAUACUUAUGUGCGUGGCCUUGUUAUUCGGUUUGAUGAGCUUGCUACUCUUGGGAAACCGCUUGAUCUUGAGGAUCAGAUAGAGAAAAUCCUUGAAGGUCUUCCUGAAGACUACAAACCGGUCAUAGAUCAGAUCGAAAGCAAAGAUGUUCCGCUGACCAUUGCCGAUGUUCAUGAACGCCUAUGUAACCGUGAAUCUCGGCUCAUUUCUACUGCUGCUGCUUCUCCAACCCCGUUUCCGGUCUCCGCCAAUGUUGUUCAACGUCGCAUGGACAACAACACCAACAACAACAAUACCAACAACAACAACACCUACAACAACAGGAACAAUGGUCGCUCCCGGAACCAACAAAUGCAAACUCGCUCCUUCAACAACAACAACUGGCAGUCCACUCAAGGUAACAACAACAACCGGUCCUUACGUCCUUACUUGGGCAAGUGUCAACUUUGCAACACUCAAGGACAUAGUGUUAGGCGAUGUCCGCAAUUUCUCUCCAUGCAACAUGCAACACACAACAACAGCCCCUUCACUCCCUGGCAACCACGAGCGAACAUGGCUGCCAUCCUGGACUCUGGUGCUACACACCAUAUCACCUCCGACCUCAACAAUCUCUCACUACAUCAACCCUACACUGGUGGUGAUGAUGUUGUGAUUGCUGAUGGUUCCACUAUGUCAAUCCCUCACACAGGUUCUAUGCUUUUACCCUCUCAAACUAGAGCUUUAAAGUUGGAUAAAGUUCUUUGUGUUCCUGAUAUACCUCGAAGUCUUAUUUCUGUGUAUCGCCUUUGUAAUUCUAACCAAGUGUCUGUUCACUUCUUUCCUGCCUUCUUUCAGGUGAAGGAUCUGAGUACGGGGGUCCCAUUACUCCAAGGCCAAACUGAUCGUGGGUUGUAUGUCUGGCCGGUGACGAAUCCGAACAUUGUGGCUAUGCUCUCAUCUACGGGUCCACGGCCAAGUCUUGUCUCAUGGCAUUCACACACUGGUGUACCGUCUUCUACCCCGACUGUCACCUCCAUUCCGAUGACUCCAUUGACGGUGCCUCCCUCGUUGCCUCCACCACCUUCUUCUUCGUCGUUAAGUUUGCCGUUGUCGAAACCUCCAAUUAUCCACACUUAUCAACGACGUGACAAGGUUGUGGGUCAACCUCCAGACCAUCGUAAACUCCUAUAA